AGUCAAAAGGGGCUAAGAAAAAGAUAUCUAAAGAAAAGAACUAUAGCCUGCAGCUGCCGCCAGUUGUUUGUUUGUUUGCCGCCGAGAAGAGAAGCUUCAGCUAGCUUGAGUGAUUAUCGUUUAAACUGCACUGCACUUGUGAGCUGCCGCAACUUAUUUGUUUGUCUGCCCUAAGAAGAGAAGCUUCUCUGCUAGCUGAGUGAUUAUCGUUUAGACUGCACUGCACUGUGAGCCAUGAAACCUAAACAUAGCUCAAAGCGCCAGCCGGAGCUCUUUUGGCCUCGAGUUGUCGUGCGUAAGUGGUUCAACUCACGCAAAGACUCUGAUUAUAGUGCCGACAGCGACGACGACGACACUGACAUCUUGAUGCAGAUUCUGACACCGAAGAAAUUGCAAUCAAGGUUCAGAGUUAACAAAGAGGAGGAAGCUCAAGUUGAUCCUAAUGAUGCUUUUCCAAGGAUAAGAAGACGAAAGUCAGAAACUUUUAGGGCACAAUAUAUAAAUACAAAGGAACUCAGAAUACGCGUCGGUACAUGGAAUGUUGGAGGCAAAAUUCCACCAGAUGACCUUGAUAUUGAUGAUUGGAUAGGUAUCAAUGACCCUGCUGACAUCUUUGUGCUUGGUCUUCAGGAGAUUGUACCAUUAAAUGCUGGGAAUAUCUUUGGUGCUGAAGAUAGCCGUCCUGUUACAAAGUGGGAAAACAUUAUUCGGGACACACUCAGUAGAAUACGGCCUGCCUCUGGCAAGAUUAAAUGUUUCAGUGAUCCUCCUUCUCCAUCCAAGUUUAAGCCAGCUGAUGAUAUCCCAGACAUAGAAGAGGAGAUAGUGCUUGAAAGUGAUAGUGAUGUUGGUGAGGAAGUUUAUCCAUUGGAUGAAGAAACCAACAGUUUUGAUGAAGUCAAGGAGGAACAGAUCAUGACUUAUGGAACUUCAUACUCUACACUUGGUGCUAAACUAGACAUGCCUGUCGGACAGGAUGUACAGAGGCAAUUUUCUUCUACAAAGAAGUUUGAUAGGUUAAAUUGUUUGCGAACAGAAUAUAGUGAAGGAGAUGUAGAAGCUCCCCCAGUGCAAAACAACCGCAGGUUAACUAAAAUGCUUAGUGGGUCAGAAAAGAUUGGCUUGUGCUGGCCAGAACCUCCACUAAAUUUGCUAACUCAGAAUGUUUUAGAGAGACCAAAUUCCUUCAAAUCUAUUAAAUCUUUCAAAACAGCCAAGUCUUUCAAGACAUAUGGUUCCUUCAAUUCAGUCGUGAAUGACAUGUCAUCAGCAAUAGCUUUGCUUUCUGAAAUUGACCUGGAAACCCUCAUGAAGCGAAAAAGAAGGUCAUCAUAUGUAAGGAUAGUAAGUAAGCAGAUGGUUGGGAUUUUCCUUACAAUAUGGGUACGUAGGAGCUUGCGUAGGCAUAUUCAGAAUGUGAGGGUGUCAACAGUUGGUGUUGGUGUAAUGGGCUACAUUGGUAACAAGGGGUCAAUAUCUGUCAGCAUGUCCAUACAUCAGACACUAUUUUGUUUUAUAUGUACUCAUCUGACAUCAGGUGAAAAAGAGGGAGAUGAACAGAAAAGAAAUGCUGAUGUAUAUGAAAUACAUCGAAGAACUCGCUUCUAUUCUCAAUCUGAAAUUGGACUUCCCAAAAGCAUCUUCGAUCAUGAAAAAAUGAUUUGGUUGGGUGAUCUGAAUUAUCGCAUCAAUUUGCCAUAUGAGAAAACACGAGAACUUAUCUCCAAGAAGGAUUGGUCGAAGCUGAUGGAGAAAGACCAGCUUAUACGAGAACUGAGGAGAGGUCGUCCCUUUGAUGGAUGGUCUGAGGGGACGUUGAAUUUUCCACCAACAUAUAAAUACGAUGUAAAUUCAGGAAAGUACUGUGGAGAGGAUCCAAAGGCUGGGAGGCGGACUCCUGCUUGGUGUGACCGCAUUCUUUCCUAUGGUAAGGGAAUGAGGCUACUAAAAUACAGAAGGGCUGAACUUAAAAUGUCUGAUCACCGACCUGUGACCGCCACAUAUAUGGCUGAGGUUGAAGAAUUUUCCCAUAAGAAGCUACAACGUGCACUCACAUUCACGGAUGCUGAAAUUGAAAAUGAGGAAAUUGUAGCAGACCUGGGGGUUGUUGAUGUUGGAUUGAGCAACUUGAGAGUAGAUCUGGUAGAUUAACCCGUCGCAGAACUUGUAAGAGGCAUUGGAUUUGGACGAGCUUCGACAAUUACGAUUCUAUCAUUGCACGUUAGAUUAAUUCAUUUGAUUUUUUAUUUAUUCUGUUACGAUAUUUGUAUAUUGCUGAUGUUGUGUAUAUGUAUAGUAGCUGUUGUGAUUCUUACGUGUAGAUCUCAGGAAAAGAAAUAUGUUAAAAGAGUUGAUGUUGCUUCUCUUGUGUAAAUCAGUGUCUGUAAAGUUCGUUCUGUAGCAUUUCCAGGCAGCUUUUGAUGAUUGCACACUAGUGCUGUAAAAGAUGAAUAGUGUAAUGCAAUAUGCUUUGGUUGUGAGCCAAUUUUUGUUA